ACUAGUGCAAACUCUUCCUAUCCACUCUGGUCUCUCUUCCCUCUGCCGGCCUGCCUGCCUGCCUUGCCAAAAAAACAUCUUCAUCCAGCACAAAAGCAAAGAACCACCUCUAGAUCUCACCAUGGCAUCCAGUUACAAGACCACCACGUACAGCGUGAAGAGCUCCAGCGGCCCCAGGAACUUCAGCAGCAACUCCUACGCCGGAUCGGGAGGCAUCGGCUCCCGCAAGAGCUACACUGUCAAGAGUUCCUAUGGUGGGAGCGGCAGCAGGGGCUUUGGCAUGGGCAUGGGCAUCUCCAGCGCCAGCGCCUACGGCCUGGGCUCCAGCAUGGGCAUGAGCAUGGGUAUGGGGGGCUCCAUGGGAAUGGGCCAGGCCCCCAUCACCGCCGUGACUGUCAACAAGAGCUUGCUGGCCCCACUGAACCUGGCCAUCGACCCCACCAUCCAGGCUGUCCGCACCCAGGAGAAGGAGCAGAUCAAGACCCUCAACAACCGCUUUGCCUCAUUCAUUGACAAGGUGCGCUUCCUGGAGCAGCAGAACAAAAUGCUAGAGACCAAGUGGAACCUGUUGCAGGGUCAGACCACCACCCGCUCCAACAUCGACGCCAUGUUUGAGGCCUACAUCAGCAACCUACGCAGACAGCUGGACAGCUUGGGAAAUGACAAAAUGAAGCUGGAGGCUGACCUGCAUAACAUGCAAGGCCUGGUGGAGGACUUUAAGAACAAGUAUGAAGAUGAGAUCAACAAGCGUACAGAGUGUGAGAACGACUUUGUCCUCAUCAAGAAGGAUGUUGACGAGGCCUACAUGAAUAAGGUCGAGCUGGAGGCUAAGUUGGAGAGUCUCACAGAUGAGAUCAACUUCCUCAGGUCCAUCUAUGAGGAGGAACUGCGUGAGCUCCAGAGCCAGAUCAAGGACACGUCGGUCAUUGUGGAGAUGGACAACAGCCGUAACUUGGACAUGGACGCCAUCGUAGCAGAAGUGAAGGCUCAGUAUGAGGACAUCGCCAACCGCACCCGGGCUGAGGCAGAGACCUGGUACAAGACCAAGUUUGAGGAGAUGCAGACAUCCGCCAACAGAUAUGGAGAUGACCUGAGGGCGACCAGGACGGAAAUUGCAGACCUUAACCGUAUGAUCCAGAGGCUGACAUCCGAAAUUGAUGCAGUCAAGGGACAGCGCGCCAACCUGGAAGCUCAGAUUGCCGAGGCAGAAGAGCGCGGCGAGCUGGCGGUGAAGGACGCCAAGUCCCGCAUCAGGGACCUGGAGGAGGCACUGCAGAGAGCCAAGCAGGACAUGGCCCGCCAGAUCCGCGAGUACCAAGACCUGAUGAAUGUCAAGCUGGCUCUGGACAUCGAGAUCGCCACUUACAGGAAGCUGCUGGAGGGCGAGGAGGACAGACUGGCCAAUGGCAUCAAGUCCAUCAACAUUUCCAAACAAAGCACGAGCUACGUCCCCAUGGACUUGAAGAGCAGCUACUCCAGCACCUACUCCAGCGGCUACGGCGGCAGCGGCUAUGGCAGCGGCCUGGGCGGUUUCAGCGGUAGCAGCGGUAGCAGCUACAGCACCAGCACCCAGAGCAAGAAGAACGUGGUCAUUAAGAUGAUUGAGACCAAGGACGGCCGAGUGGUGUCCGAGUCCUCCGAAGUCAUCGAGGAUUGAGCUAGUUUCAUAUGUGCUGCUUUUUAGUUUUGCCCUUCUUCGGUAGUUUUUACACUUCAAGCCCGCCCACACACACUUAACAUCUUUUUUUUUUUGUCAUUAACAUGUUUGAAGCUUGUCAGUCACAUAAUAAACAAUAAAA